CCCGCCGGACCGCAGCAAUAAAGUGAACACAACCCAAGCCGCCGCGCUCAAGUUCCACGUGCAGCCAUGUAGAGCCGCGUGUUGACAUGUAGCGCCACAGUUCCCAGAGACGCCCAACUCGAGCGGAGCCAUGACGUUCGCCACGCUGCGCCCGGUCGCCGCGCGCUUCUACCCGGACCUGGGCGUCGCGUCCGAGGACGACGAGAACCGCAGCGAGAGCGACGACGGCUCGGAGCGGCUCUACUGCGGCGUGAAGCGAGCGAGGAUGCCGCGGAAAGCGGAGGGCGAGUCCGCCUCGGUGGUGAUGAAGCAGCGCAGCGCGGCCAACGCCAGGGAGCGCGGCCGGACCCAGAGCGUCAACAGCGCCUUCACGGCGCUCCGGACCCUCAUCCCCACCGAGCCGGUGGACCGGAAGCUCUCCAAGAUCGAAACGCUGCGCCUGGCCUCCAGCUACAUUUCCCACCUCGCCAACGUGCUUCUGCUCGGGGACGGCCGCGCCGACGCGCAGCCGUGCCUGGACGCGGUCCACGCGCAGCCCGGGGACAAGGGGGGCAAGCAGCCCAGGACCAUCUGCACUUUCUGCUUGAGCAACCAGAGGAAAGGGGACGGCGGGGAGUGUCUGAAGAUGCGCCGACUGGGCCCGCUGCGGCUGAGACGCGGACUCAAUUGACCGCCGGAGGAUUAAGCAACCUGAACACCCUCAAAAGGACUUUCUCAGGGAAGAGUCGGAACCACACACACAC